AUGCUGCUCUUCGCCCACUUGGGCUGGGUCAUACGCCGCCUGGAGGUGACGCACCUGACGUGCACGCCGUCUCUGUGGUCCUCGUUCGAGGGGGCACACUCGGAGCACCCCGACAUUGCAGGCCUCAGGGGGCUCUGCCUCGGGGGCGAGCGCAUGGGCGCCAACCUUCUGGAGGCGUGGGCAGCAGCGGACCGGCUGCGGUUUAUGAACACGUACGGCACGACUGAGUGCACCGUGUGGCAGACGGUGCAUGUCAUGCGACCUGGCGACUCCGCGUCCCGCGUGGGCCAGUGCCUCGGCGGCAACGCUAUGAGGAUUGUGGACACGGAGGGCGAGUUCAGGGAGUUGGAACCAGGGCGCGAAGGCGAAAUCCUCCAAGGCGGCGUGCAGGUAGGGCUUGGCUACUUUCGGCGGCCGGACAAAUCUGCGGCGGCUUUCCUGGAGGACCCAGCGCCUAGCCUGAAGGGCCGCUGGUACCGCACAGGGGACGCUGGCAGCUGGAGCCCCGAGCGUGGCCUUGAGGUGCACGGCCGUUUCGACUCCCAGGUGAAGAUACGCGGAAUGCGCAUUGAGCUCGGCGAUGUGGAGGCGGCGGUGCUGAAAGCGGGCACGCCGCGCCUGUGCGGGGCUUGCUGCGUGCUGUUGCGCGAGGGCAGCGAGUUGCAUGCGUUUGUGCAGCUCGAGGCCGAGACCGCCGCUGCACUGCUCGGAGAGGUCGAUGUGGGCGAGCACACAUUCGUCACCGAGCUGCUUCUGCAAGGGUGCGCCAAGUUGCUGCCGAGGCACAUGCUACCUACGCACUUCCUGCUCAUGAGCCGCCUGCCGCUCGGCCGCACGGGCAAGCUGGACCGCAAGGGCCUGCCGGCAGCUUCCGCAGCCGUGCGACUGGACCGCGCCAACGACCGCGACUCGCUGACCAAGCUCGAGCGGGUCGUGGCAGGCGUCUGGGGCGAGGUCCUGGGCGUGGACGGCGGGACGCUGGGGCCCCAGGACCACUUCCUGGCCCUCGGGGGCAACUCCGUGUCGGUCCUGCGCGCCUCGCGCGCCCUCGCGGCUCGCGCGCGGGCGCGCGGCGCGGACCUGGCGCCGGAUGGCCAGGCGGCCUUCGCGCUGGCCCCGGAGCGCCUCAUACACUCGCCGAGGCUGCAGCAGUACUGCCACGUCCUGGAGAGGUCGGGCGUGGCGGGGCUCCUGCUCGAGGAGGAGGAGGGAACUCCCGCCGGGGAGCCCGCCGACCCGGGGCCGCUUCGCGCGAGCCCGCAGGCGGCGAGCGCGGAGGAGGACGAGGCCGCGGCGGCGUCGGGCCUCCGCAUCAACUACACGAAGCUGCUGGUGACCGAGAGGAGGGCCCUCGGACAGGCGCCGGGGGCCCCGGAGGACGCCGACGCGCGGCGCGAGCUGGACCACGAGGCGUGGGAGCAGGCGCCGCGGGCCGAGCCCGAGCAGCUGCUCUUCCGGGCCGCCGCCGCGGGUAUCCCCGGCGCCGUCGCCAUGCUGCUCGAGACCCACGGCCUGUGGCGACCCUCGUCACCGCCCGCGCCCCACUGGGUGCUAGGUGCGCAGGCUCGCGGUGGCACCUCUGGGGCGCCUGCGCGCACGCCGGCGCGCCGCGGCGGCAGUGAGGUCCAGCUGCGCGGGUCUGGCGGGCCGUGGCUGCGGUCGCUGCCUCGGGCCAGCGGGAGGGCGUCGGGCCUCGAGGCCCAUCUCCUCGCAGCCGGCGCAGCGGGCACCCCCGACCCGCGGGGGCCGCACGCCGCUGGGUCUCCAAUCAAGGCGCGCUUCUACCCCGGCGGCGUAGAGGAGUGGCGCGUGCUGCCCAGCAUGCGCGAGUGUGCCGCCACCGUGCGGGUGUUCCGCCGGCGCGAGGCGGAGGGCGUGGCCUCCCCGCUCGUGCUGCUCGUGGGUGGCGACGCCGUGCUCAACCGCGGCCUGGAGCCCCUCGAGGAGGCGGUCCUCGGCCGGCUGCACGCCAUGGGCAUCACCGCCGUCGUCGCCGGUCUAUGCGGCGUCGGUGAUGACCACUGGCGCGGAGGCCUCUGGGAGUUCGCUCCCCUCCUUCUGGGCCGCACCCACGUGGGCUUGCACGCAGGCGAGAUCCUCAGCCUGGUUGCCUGGGCCGCCGCCUCCGCCGGCGUGGGCGGGCGCGUGGUGCUGGUCGCGCACGGGGGCGCGGUCGCAGCUGCGCUCCACGCGGCCGUGCGGCUAGCCAGCGACGUCUCCGCCGGGGCCGCGCCGCCGCUGGCUGGUCUCGCGCUUGUGCAGGGCCUGUGCGACUUCGCCGGCGUCGUGCGCUCCACGCCGACGCCCAAGCGUCACACGCUGCCGUGGCAGAUGCAGAUGCACGGCGUCCUGGAGGAGUACGACCUCCCCGACCUGCUGGCGUCCCUGGCCGGCCCCCGGGGUCCGCGCGCGCUGGUCCUGGAGCCGCAGGACGCCCUGGGGCGCCCGCUGGCUCGGCGAGCGGCGGGCCGCGCCUACGAGCUGGCCAGGCGGACCUUCGCGGCCGCCCGCCGGCCGCUGCGGGUGGUGGCUGGGCCCCAGAGCGUCGGGGCCGUCAAGGAUGCGCUCGCGGCCUUUGUCUCGAGCAUCGCGUCGGAGCGCUACGAGAAAAAAUAUGCAGAGGCAGGGCACCCCUCCAGCGCGCUGGCGGCCCCGCUGGCCGCGAGCCGCCUGGCCGACGUCCCCGCGCAAGCAAGCGGUACAGCACCGAACCCGUUCGACAUUCCACUCAAGGUGAAAGUCGUCAUUGUGUUGGUGGACCCCAAGAAAGUCGCGCUUGGGCAGCGCUACGUCGCCGAGGCCAGGCGCGUGGCCCCGAAGGUGAGGAUAAACUGUGUCCUGGAGGCCACCCGCAGCAAAGACCCCGCCGGCGUGGACCUCUUCCGGCGGGCGCUGCUCGCCUCCGGCGCCACCCAGGUCUCGCUGGGGCCCUGGUUCACAUGGCUUGCGGAGAACGGGGUGGUGGCCUCGAUGGCCAAGGACUCCAGCGUCGAGGUUGUGACGGACUUUCGCCGCAAUGUCUGCAACGUGGCCUGCCCCUCCUUCAAGGAGUCCACGGAGGGCUCCGAUGUGUGCUACAGCCUCGCGAUCCAGCCCGCCUGA